AGAAGAGAAGAGAAGAUAAGAUCGAACGCGCGACGGCAAAGGAGAUUUGGAUAGCAAGAACUAUGAGAGUCUCAUAGUUCGUUUCAGGAUUACAACGCGCCGUCCACAUAACAGAGGUCACAUGAUGUUUAAUAUCAUGGUUGACAUGUCGUUGGCGAAAGGUGGUGAGAACAAACCAAUCACAGCACAGCAUUACCCUACUCUCCUGUCACAGGCAGGUCAGCUCAAGACAAAAACAACCACGGCGUCCUGUACCUGAAAACUCUGCAGUUAUUAAACCAGAUCACAGAUACAUGUGUACUUCAAGGCCAGCACAGAGAGAAAGCAACGUCACCAACAUCGCGGAAGAGGAGGCAUUGCAUCGAGAAACACAAACCCAGUCUCUGAUGAGUCCUCGCCGUCGCCGCUGCAUUCAACCAUGGACAACCCCUCGAGAUCGAGCUCUUUGACAUUGGGGGAGAAGCUGUGCGCGGCGUUUAUACCGUUUGUGGCAAUUAUUGAGGUGUUGGUUUUGGCCGUGACGGAUUGUUUCACUUACCGGCCUCGCCCCAUCAACCGUGGUUAUGCUUUCGGCGACAUGACCCAGCUGGCCGAGGAAACCAGAUUUAGUAUUAAUGAGUUGGAGGCGUUGUAUGAGCUGUUUAAGAAGUUGAGUAGCUCAAUUAUCGACGACGGGUUGAUUCACAAGGAGGAGCUUCAAUUAGCACUAUUCCAAACUCGCCAUGGCGAAAAUCUGUUCCUUGACCGAGUUUUUGAUUUGUUUGAUGAGAAGAAGAAUGGUGUCAUUGAAUUCGAUGAGUUCAUUCACGCGCUCAAUGUGUUUCAUCCGUAUGCUCCUAUACAGGAUAAGAUUGAUUUUGCAUUUAGGCUGUAUGAUCUGAGACAAACUGGCUUCAUUGAGCGUGAAGAAGUUAAGCAGAUGGUGAUUGCCAUAUUGCUGGAGUCUGAUAUGAAACUAUCAGAUGAUCUUCUGGAGUCUAUCAUUGAUAAGACAUUUGCUGAUGCUGAUGCUGACAAGGAUGGGAGAAUCAAUAAGGAAGAAUGGAAGGCUUUUGUAAUUCGACAUCCAACCCUACUGAAAAACAUGACUCUUCCUUACCUCAAGGACAUCACUACAGUAUUCCCGAGUUUCAUUUUUCACUCAGAAGUCGAAGAUUGAAAAUUUGAAGGCCCUUUUCCCUCAAAGGAUCAUUAACAGAAAAUCUGGAGCUUCACUAUCCUGCUACAAUGACCUUUUGGUAGAAUCAACCAAUUGCCAUUUGAAUGACCUUUUGGUAGAUACAAUGCAGCAUUUCUGAAAAUAGGAGGCACCUGAAUUUAGGCUAGGCUAUGUAUGCUGCUGCUGCUGUUGUAUCAUAAAAUUAGUUCAGUAUCUCUCCAUCGAUUCAAAUACAUUGUUGUACAGUGAAUAGUUAUCAUUUUUGUAGUGAAUUUCAUUAAGUGAAA